AUGGAGGAACGGCGGGACGAGCGGCCACCGCUCUGGCGGCGGGGGCGACAAAGCCGGAGCCGGGGCCGGGGACCGAGAGGGAAGGCUAGACAGAGUAUGGGUGCCGCGGUGGGAUCAGCAUGUGAGCACUACCCGCCCAGCCCACGCGGAAGCGGGCACAGGAGAGACGAGACAGGUUACGCCCAGUUUCAGCCUCGCCAGCGGCCAGCGGGCGGCGCCGCUUCCACUCACUCGCUUCGUUUGGCAGGUUCGCUCCUUCCGGAACGUAGAUUGGCGGCGCCGGCUACGCGCGGCCGUCAGUUCCGGUUAUCCAACAAACUUAGGCUUAGGCUCUUAGCUCUGGUUGAGAGUAGCAGUCCCAAGGUCAGCUCUUUCACAGUUGUGCUCUCUGGUCCUCUGCUUCAGCCACAGCUGCUGCUGAAGCAGCUCCGGGUUGCAGGGCUUGCGGGCAGGAAUGUGCCCUCCCCACUGCAAACUUUCACAGGCUGCAACGGAAGCAGGAACUUGAUAACAAUAAAACCUGCCGGGCCAGUGCAGGCGCUGCGGAGCCUCCCAGACAUUCCUCGCUUAGACCCUGCUGUGCAUCCUUUGCUCCUUCGCCCUCUCAUAACUGAAUUGGCCUCGCAUUCGGAGGACAGCAAGGGUCCUCUUGCUGUCAGGUGCACCAUAGUUGCUUAUAGUUUGUUAGUAAUUGCCUUCCUAUCACUAAGGCUGUGUGCCAGCCAGAGUUGCUCCUCCAAGAGUCUACAAGAUGUUGUCAUUGACAUCCAGUCAUCUCUUUCUAAGGGAAUCAGGGGCAAUGAGCCCAUAUACACUUUAACUCAGGAAGACUGCAUUAAUUCAUGCUGCUCAACUAAAGACAUAGCAGGAGACAAAGUGUGUAACUUGAUGAUAUUCGACACUCGAAAAACAACUGGACACCCCAACUGCUACCUGUUUUUCUGUCCCAGUGAGGAAGCUUGUCCACUCAAACCAGCAAAGGGGCUUAUGAGUUACAGGAUAAUUAGAGAUUUCCCACCUCUGACCAGCACUGACUUGCCAAGUCAAGAGCUCACCCCAGAAGAUUUCCUCUUACAUGGCCAGCAGUCUUCACAAGAAGUCACUUCCAGACCCUCUCAUCUCACUCAUUCAAAACCCACUGAUACCUUAUGGAAAGAUACAGUUUCUCAGAAGUUUGGGUCUAAAAAUCACUUGGAGAAACUAGGCAAGACUAAUAAUCAAACAAGUACCCAGUUUACUGUUUAUAAAGAAAAAGGUCUAUCUCAGAGCUCAGAAUUAUCCCCAAAACAAAAAAUAACUUCUCUGCUGCUUGAAAAUAUGACUCCAUUCCCAACUACAACAACUGCCGCUUCUCCACAUAUCAUCUCCAUUACUUCAAAAAGUUCAGUUCUCCAGCCCAACUUCCCAACGAUACCUGCUGGGACUUCUCAACCCCGGGUGACCACCACACCUCCACCUACCACAACGAUUACUUCCCAUUUUCCCACAGAACAGGUUUCUACAAUUUUUACACAUACUGUGAUUACACUCCAAGAUCGCCUAACAACCACCCAAGCAACAACAGCAAUUCGAUCUACCACCAUUCAGGCACCUACAGCCUUGAAAGUCACCCCAGAAAUUAUAUCUUCUAGAAAAAUCUCUAACCCAAUCCUGAACACUGCAGAUGCACACAGCCUUGCUACACUUCCUCUAUCAAAUGUGGAUUCCUCUUUGACAAAUAAAACUACCGAGGAAAACAAGAAGACCAGUCCAGGCAGUUCCUCACAGAACAAUGUUCUUAAAAGUCACUAUGAUCUUCCCUUAGAAAAGUGGCUCCUCAUUGGAACAUUAAUCUUUGGGAUUCUGUUCCUGGUGAUAGGCCUUGUCCUCUUGGGGAGGAUGCUUUCAGAAUCCCUCCACCGGAAACGUUACUCACGACUAGAUUAUUUGAUCAAUGGGAUCUACAUUGAUAUCUAA